AUGAUACACUGGAGCAAGGCUCUGGGCUUUUCGGAUCGAUUGAAAACUAUUCAGUCUCUGACCACUGCAUACCAGCAAACGUCAUCCUUCGCCGCCUUUGAGGAAGCUCAGACACAGGCAAGAAAAAUCGAGCGUGCAGCUUAUGAUCAAGCCCAAUCAAAGGACGAGUACUACCAACUAUGUCAGAAUGCAAUAGACGCAGCAGAGCCUGCUGGGUUAGAAUCGUCCCAAACUGCUGCUGCUGCUGCUCAGUCAGAUGAUGAUACAGCAGACAGGAAUUGGACGACAGGCGAGACUCUCGGUCCAUACCGAUUAUGCGCUCAUCAUUUUGAUGGCCUUCAUUCCACCGUCUUCAAAUCGAAGGAUGAGGCAGGGACACUCGUUGCCCUGAAAGUUACAACACCCCAUCUUCUCGAACAACCCCAUGUGGCUAAACGGGAAGCUCAGCUUUUGCGAGAGUCUGCCAGUCCUAACGUAAUAGCUUUAUUGAAUACAUUCAGGCUGGAUGAGGGACGAUUCGUCCUCGUGUUUCCUUUCAAGCAGUACGAUCUUGAGACUCUGCUGCGUCGCGACAUGGUAACCGCAGUACAAACGAGAUCGAUUCUACGUGAUAUGUUUAGCGCAUUGGAAUUUAUUCACAAAUUAGGCAUCAUACAUCGGGAUGUCAAACCAUCGAAUAUUUUACUUGAUUCUCCCGAAGGACCGGCCUUCCUGGCGGACUUUGGGAUCUCUUGGAAAGAGGGCAGUCUAGGGGCUGAGUCAGCUGAUAAGAAGAUCACCGAUGUAGGGACAACGUGCUAUCGAUCCCCAGAGGUUUUGUUUGGGUUUAAAGGGUACGGAAAUGCCCUUGAUAUGUGGGCGGCCGGUUGUGUGGUUGCAGAGGCUGUGGUCGUGGGACAUAAGCAACUCUUUGAUUCGGGCCCUCUUGGAAGUGACCUGUCCCUCAUUCAGUCUAUAUUCACCACCUUGGGCACCCCUGAUGAAGAGAGUUGGCCCGAGACGAACAAACUCCCAGAUUGGGGAAAGAUAGAGUUCUACAAAUAUCCCGCUAAACCGUGGGAUGGGAUCCUGAUGGGUGCGUCUUCGAACGGCCGGGACCUUGUGAGCCAGUUGGUUCGUUAUGAGAGCCGCCAGCGUAUAUCUGCUGCAGUGGCUCUCAGACACCCCUAUUUUUCGGCCUGCUGA